CGGUAAGACACCGCAAACGACGCUGCGUUGCACUGAAGUACACACCAAAAGACACCAUGAAAACGCCAAAGGGCCCCCAACAGCGCCGAGAGCUUUGAGUACCGAGACGGCGUUGUGUGGAGCGACGGACCGACCGAGAGGCGGAAUGUCAACAACGCGGCCCCUCCUCGGGAUGAGACGAGUCACCGAGCUAACGUGCCCGGAGCAGCCGACCAGCAGGCUCCCCGCGUCCGCCGCGAGGCAGCAGCAGGAGGCCUCCCCGACCGUGGACGAGUUUACCGUCUUAGAGGAUAAAGAAGAGGAGCUGAAAUGUGCCAAGCCUCGAGUGGAGCAGGUUUUUAAAGUGACGUUCACCAUCAUCGGUCUAUUGGAUCACACGGGACAGCAGCACGGCAGCAAAACAUCCCGGCAGAUAUGGCUGCAGCUCAGAGGAAACAGAGAGGACGUGUCCAAAGCAAAGGAGUACGUGAGGGGGCUGUGUGACCCAGAGCUCCAGAAAGAAGAGCGGUACCCAGUGGACAUGCACUGUAUCUUUGCCGGUGCCUGGGGCCUCUUCCUGGACAGACUCAUACGAGACACGAGCGCUGAGGUCCUGGUGCCUGAGCCGGGACGCCUGCGGCUAUUGGGCCGGGCUGAGCCCGUAGUGAUGGCCCAGAGCAGAGUCCAGCAGUUUGUAGCACUAUUUCAGGAGAAGCGAAGUCUACCAAGUGACAGAGAGCCAGCAGUGAAACGAGCAUUCAAGUCCUUUGUGGAGGAAAGAGAUGAUAAGUACACUAUGGAGCUUCUACUGCUGCCCAGUGCCCUGAAAGAAGAGUUACUAGGACUGGCUCACAGCCCCACCAGCACAAACACAUCCUCCCCGGCUCAAGCCAACCAGACGCUGCACCCCAGUAUGGCGGAGGUCGACCAAGACCGCUCUCAGAGCAGCACCCCCGUGACUGAGCUCUCCAACCGCAUCCUGGACACUAGCUUCGAGGAGAGAGGGAGCGGAGGGGCGGCCUGUGUAGGAGGCGGCAGCAAAGCAGCACCAGGAGGAGGGAUCGGUCUGGGCCCCGAAGCCAUCCUGCUGAACGGCACCCGGCCCUCGCACAAGCGGCGCUCGUCCGAGAGCGAGACUCGGGACACAAAGAGACAGUACUCUCUGGAGCGGAGGGACGAGUCGCCGGAGAGAGCGAGGGAGAGGGAGCGACAGAGGGACAGGGAAGGCAGGGGGGGAAGUAGCAGCUGUAGAUCCAAAACUCCCUCCGCUUCGUCAUCCCUCUCCUCCUCCUCCUCCUCCUCCUCUUCCUCCUCAGCUAAAGCAAACACAGUGGGUCCCAUCAUGCUGGACUCCAGUGAGGUGGCAGACGACGGGGAGGCAGUCAGCCCAGAAACCAACCUCCGCUGCUUAGUCAAUUUCUUCAGAACUAUGGGUUACCAGCAGGAAGUGGUGGAGCGUGUCGUCAAGGAGACGGGACAGACAGAAGAUACCUUCCUCCUUCUGGAAAAGAUUGUGGAGGAAUCAAAGCGUUGCAAAGAGGGCUCAAAAAGAGGGGAAAAAGAAAGACUAUUGAACUCUGUGCAGUCACCUGACACUCCCUCCUCCUCCUCCUCCUCUUCUAUGACAGUCUCUCGGUUCAGAGAGAAGGAGCGAGAGCUGAACAGAGCCUUGGUAGACCCAGGCAGGUCAAAAGAGAACAUUAAGCCCAACCAUUAUGGAGGCAGCAGUAACGGACUGGGGCACCGGAGGCAAUGCAGCGGCAGCGAGACCAGCACUCAGCAGGCCAUCACUAUCAGGAGGAGCUCUAGUGCUCAAGGAGGAGCGGGAAACUACGAGGUAAUAACCAUCGACGACGACGACGUCAUCCCCACAGAUACCAAAGCAGCAGACAGCAGGACAUCCAGGAUGAUGACGGUGGCGCACCUCGACACCCAGUCCGGAUCCAGAACAGACUACCUAGCGCGGGGAGGGGGCGGAGUCUCACAGAGGGACUACCUAUCGAGAGGCGGGACCCAGACUUUGGGCGGAUCGGUGAAAGUUGAGACAGUGACAGCGCUGCGCAGCACACCUCAGUGGCUGACCGCUACCACCACCUCCUUGGCUUCGACCCCCAGUUCAGCUCAGACCAUCACCCGGCCCUCGGCGUCUCACUACCAGACCAUCGGCCACAUGGGGUUUCAUGGGGGCGGAGCCAGGUACCCCCCUGCGAACGACCCCCAGGCGCCCCCGGUGACCGGCCUGGCUCGUUUCCACCAAUCACUGAGGACUCCUUACACUCUGAAGCUGCCCAAUGAGCCAGGACGCCCAGAGCUCAGACACAUCAUCAUAGACGGCAGCAACGUGGCUAUGGCUCACGGCCUUCACCGCUUCUUCUCCUGUCGAGGAAUAGCUCUGGCAGUGGAGACGUUCUGGAGGCGAGGCCACAGAGAGAUCACCGUAUUCGUCCCUCAGUGGCGCCAGAAGAGAGACCGACUCACAACAGAGCAACAUUUUCUAAACCAGCUAGAAGACCUGCGGCUGCUCUCCUUCACACCCUCCAGAGAGGUCUGCGGUCAAAGAAUAUCCUCGCACGACGACAGGUUCCUGCUCCACCUCGCAGAAAAAACAGACGGGAUCAUCGUAACCAACGACAACCUGAGGGACUUUGUGGACACCUCGGACACCUGGCGCAAGAUCAUUCAGGAGAGGUUGCUUCAGUUUACAUUUGUGGAAGACCACUUCAUGAUCCCUGAUGACCCUCUGGGGAAGAACGGACCUCACCUCGACAUGUUCCUGCGCAAAGACUACAGGCGAGCUCCGGCCAGUCCUCCCCCCAUGAGACCCCCAGACAUCCGGCCGUCCUCACAGCAGCAUCAGCAACCGGUUUACGUCCAGGCCGUCCUCUCGGCUCCCCGGACCCCCGCCUCAACGCCCCAGCCCCCCGCCUCCCUGAUGCCCCACUCCACCACACACUGGCCUCACUCCGGCCCACCGGAGUGGCACCCGCCGCGUCGAUCACCCUCCCCCUCCCCCUCGCCCCCUCCGCAGCGGUCACCGGGGGAGACGUCGGAGUUAAAGAGGAAGCUGUACGACAUCUUCCCCGACCAGAAGCAGCGGAUAGACCGCAUCCUCAGUGACAACCCCUACAUGAGAGACCUGAACGCCCUGUCUGGGCUGCUGCUGGGAUAACUCACCCACUCAGCAGACACACACACACACACACACACACACGUACAUACACAUGCAUACAUAUGUGUGUCAUCAUAAAAAAUAAUUUAUUUUACCAGCUCUUCCUGCUUUUGGAGGACGUGGAAAGAUUUUUUUGUUAUUAUUUUACAUAAAGACUGAUCAUCAAACUAGCUGCUAUUGGCAAAAAGUAUUUUUGGAUGUUUUUUUUUUUUUUGUUCUUCUCUCUCUCUCUCUCUCUCUCUCUCUC